AUGCAAGCACUGCCUCAAUUCUCCAGAUGUCUUAAGCCAACGGAAGGUCCCUGUGCCGACAAACCCAAACUCAUCCGCAGCGAUCUCAAUGAAAAAUUGGAGACCUUCUUCCUAGAGAUGGUACUUAGCGCCAGUAAGGCCUAUGACACUGACUAUGACCUUGCCUGUGCUAUAAAGCAAUGUCUAGACAAGAAGUUCGGCCCGCAAUGGCAUGUGAUUGUGGGAGGACUGUUUGGCAGCCACUUCGAACAUCACGAGAGGAGCUUCGCCUACAUUCAGUAUAUGGGAAAGUCCUUUCUCAUGUUUCGCUUCGGCUGA